AUGGUGACCGUGCUCAUCCUCAUCGUUGUUGUCAAGGCCACCAAGGUGGUUCUCUUCCCCAAGUCCCUCUAUGUCUCCGUCCUCCAUGGCUCCAUCUGGUUUAGCAGUAACUCGUCGGAUCCUCCCACUCUUCUCUUCGACAUCAACCUCCGGAUAGACAACCCCAGAAAGCGCGUCAACAUGUACUACGUCGACGUCGUCGCCUUCCUCUUCGACAACGACACCCCAGCGUCGUCAACACAUCCAUCCUCUGACAGCUUCGUCUACUUCAGUCAGCGCGACAAACUCAUGGGGCCGCAGCAGUCGGCGAUAUUCAGCCUGCUGUUGAUAGCACAGCCUAUAACAAUAGAGCCGAGAUUCUUCAACUUGCUGUACAACAACGAGAGCGCCAGCAUGAGCGGCGUGACCAUGCGGAUGGAUGCCACGCUCCUCACCGAGGACAUGACGUCUGGUGGUUAUUAUAAUACAAGUCGCCCAGUCACCUAUUACUGCUGGCCGCUCGUCAUCCUGCAUCACAAGAACUUUCCCGACGACCCCUUGGUGCUGGAGAAUUUCGUGCAGAAAGACAACGUGUUUUGCAGGGACGCGCAGGAAAGUCAUUUCAUUUGA